ACCAAUAGGACUUUCUUACCGAAUGCCAAAUACUAUGCUUUUCUAUUAAACUGAUUAUCCUUGACCUCCCAUAUUAGAUUUGGCAUGACACUACAUAGCUCUAUUUUUCUCCUUCCUUCAGCAAUCUGUCUGUCUUGUGAUUAGCUUUCCUUAUCACCAUCACAAUCAGAUAGGGAGAUAUUUGGUAUAACUUCCUUUCUCUUAGUAAAAUGUCUGGCAGUCACUUUAUCAAUAAUCAAUGAAGCACCUGAAGACAUACUAUUGUUCCCUAUCAUUAUCUUAUCAGAGCGAGAUAGCUUAACUCCUUAACUUGAUUAAGCCAUGAUCACUUUCAAGAUAACCUUCGUACGCUGCGACCACAAGGAAAGCAAAGCGUAUUAGCUGUUCCCUUCAUCUCAUACAUUUAAGUUUAUUAGCAACAGGAAGAUGCUGAAGAAGGCAAGGUGGGCUGAGGUGGCCAGGGGUGUCGUGCCGCCCAUCGUAAUGAUGGUGCUGGAGUCCGCUCUCGGCUGGUACCAAGGGCGCAUCAGCCUGUAUGAUAAACAGUCCUGGGAGACAACGGUGGAGCAACGCAUCCUCCAGGGGCUCUCUUACACUCCCCGCAAGACUGCCAACCCCAAGACAGAGUUCAUUGAUGUUGACUUAGUGAGGGGCUCGACCUUUCCCAAGGCCAAACCACACUCUGGGUUGUGGUUGGCAGGUCUCCAUGGCAUUGCACGCAUUGCCCUACUGCCACUGUGUUCCCGGUGGUGGGUGCGUGAAAUCUCCUUUUGCGGCUUCCUGGUGGUGCUGUUCGUGUACUGCUCCAUCGUGUACUGUGGGGCGGUGGUGGUGGCCUGCCGCAAUGAUGAACACAUGAAGGAGCAACCAAUGUCCGAGGCUGUCCUUCCAGCGAUGGUGGCGGUGGUCUUGAGUAUCAUACACUCCCAAAUAGUGUGUACCCGCCACCCUGGAGGCCCCACCUCCCCGACCCACAGCACCAGGUGUCUUGGGGUGCGCUGUGGGACGGGACGGAGGACAGCCAGGCUCGUGAGGAGGAGUGUGGCCAUGGCGGGAAGAGGCAAAAGUGUGGUGUGUGACUGCUGGAAGAGAGACGUGGUUAAGUUGACUGGUGGCUUUAUCAAGAAAAAUUCAACGCCAGUCAAAACUAGAUCUCUAAAGAACUUCAGAUCCCACUCUGAGGAGCCACGGGGAAUGGAGCACCACCCUCUACGUCCUCGCUCAGCCUCGGAGAACUGUGUGUCUUCCUGCUACUCGUCCAGCCCUGAGGGGCGGCCACAGAUCAUCAUUUUCAAGCCUAGAGGAGGAGAGCGAGAGGCAGAGGGGGAGGAGCAGGGCGCCACCACAUCCUCCUCAGACCGAAGCCCAGAUAUCCACACAGAAGGGGUGGAGGAUGGCAAGUUCUUCACCAGCCUCUCCAAUAAGUCUUCACCACAUCCAAGCUGCACCAGCCAGUCAGAUAAUGAUGACACACAGACUGUCACCUCAUCACCAACGCUUGUAGGUGGUGACGAGGGGGACAGUGGUCUUGAGGGAUCCAGAGGGACUCCAGGGGAGGAUAGGACACUCACUGACAACCACCUGAGGCUGCCGCUGCCCAGUGUGAGGCACAGGAGCCACUGCAGGAAAGGGUGUGAGCUUGACAGUGGUGGGAAGGGUGAAAUUGACCCUUUUGCUGAGAGGUGGAAGGCCAUGAGCAGGUGCCAUGGCCCUCCACAGCCUCCAUGCCCCUGCUGUGGCUCCGUCCAGCUGCCUGAGGCCAGUGUUACCAGCCACCACCACCACCAUCACCACCACCACCAUAACUACCACCACCACCACCAUCAUAACCACCGCCACUGCUCGCCCCAGAAGUUUCCUAUGGCUGUUGAGAGGAGCUCCUGUAACUCCUCCUGUGAGAGUGAUGGUGAACAGAGUCCCACAUCCCAGUACUCCAAGAGGAAGCAUCCAGCAUUUGAGUGGACAGGCGUCACCACCAACAGCGAAGACCUGAGCUACAGCAGUGAGAGUGAAGGUGGCUGGGAUGACCAGGAGGAGGAAGAUGACCCCCAAGCCCCAUCCUUCCUCUGCCCUGAGACACUGGACUGGAAUAUUCAAGGGUCGCCAGCAGCCAUCAUCACAGCAACUCCCAAUGUGUCUGUUAAAGUGAGCUGCAAGAUCUGGGAGGGCGUUGAGGUGAAGAAGGUGGACCUGUCAGUGCUGGACAUCUCCUCGGCUGUCAUCUCCAAGGUGGACAGCCUGCACCACACCACUUACUACCUCCAGUUUGGGCUCACCAUGGCCAUUGUCAUUGCCUUGGUGCCUAGUCUUUGUCGCCUUGAAUAUGGGGCACUGGUGACCUUCCUUGAUGCACUGGUGACACAGGACUCGCAGGACUGGCCUCAAGCUCUCUGCCAAGCCCUUCACACCCUCCUGUCAGGCUUGUUUGGGAACAGUACCUGGGCAUCCUCGGUGAUCCUGCUGAGCUGCAUCAACCGGUUCCUAUUGGCUGCUGGGUUCUUCUUUCUGUUGUCCGUGGCCGAGCGCACCUUCAAACAGCGGUUCCUGUACGCCAAGCACUUCUGUUACUUGACCUCCGCCAGGCGUGCCAGAAAGUAUGACUUACCACACUUCCGCCUCAACAAGGUCCACAACAUCAAGACGUGGCUGUCUGUCCGAUCCUGCCUGAGGAAACGUGGUCCACAGAGGUCUGUGGAUGUGAUAGUGUCUGCCACCUUUGCCAUAACACUCCUGCUGGUCUCGUACCUAUGCUUUGAGCUGCUAAGGGAGGACGAGAAGCUCCAGAACUCCAUGUACAGCAUAGAACUCUUCCUAUGGUGUUUUGCAAUAGGGAUUUACCUGAUGCGUUUCAUGACCCUGGGUGCCAUGAUCAACAAGAAGUACUCGAGCCUGUCUGUGCUGAUCACGGAGCAGAUCAACAUGUACCUCCACAUGGAACAGAAGCCACAGAAGAAGGACGAGCUCACUCUCGCCAACAAUGUGCUCAAGCUGGUGUCUGUUCUACUAAAGGAGCUUGAGUCACCUUUCAAGAUCUCGGGCCUCUCAGCUAACCCACUUCUCUACAAUGUGACUAGGCUGGUGGUCCUUUCAGCCUGCUCAGGAGUGCUGUCUGAUCUACUUGGGUUCAAGCUUAAGCUGCACAAGAUCAAGUUCAAGUAAUAAAGUGGCAUCUCAGGGUGUGCAGAAGCCAAAAGGCAGUUAAGUGGGUGAUGGUAGUUCUGAGUUAUCUGUUUGGAGAGACAAAAUUCUUUGACUGACUGACCAGUGAGGAUAGCUAGAAGGUGGGACUGGUAUGAGGAUGAAUUAUAAGUUCUUUGAGGUUGAUAAGUGAGUGCAGGUGUUUAUGUGAUGACCAGAAGAAAAAUAGGACUUCUUUAACUGAUUAGGGACUGAGAGUCCUCAGAGGGUGGGAAUGGUGUCAGGAAGAAUUGUAGGUCCAUUUGGGCAGACAAGUGAGUAAUGCUAUUUACAGAUGUGCCAACUUGAUGGAGAAAGAUAAUCAUUUGUGUUAUAAAGGAAAUGAGGGUAAUUAGAGUUAAGAUAUUGUGGGAAGAUAAUAUGUUGGUCCAUUUAGACAUUAAGUGAUGACACCUCUGAGUCAGUUGCAGGAUGAGUGGGAAUGCAUGUAUGGUGACUAAGGGAUUGAAGGUGAUUUAAGGGAGAUAAAGUGUAAAGAUAUGUACAUCCCUGUGUACCUAGAAUUGAUAUUGUUUGGAGUUAUUUUUUAUCAAUAUGCUUAGAAAAUGAUCUCACUGAGGCCAAAUUGGGGUGCUGGCUACACAGCAUGGUGUCUUGAGCUUCAGCUCUGUGUGAUCUGUGACAUUGUGCUGGGUGCACACUUCCUCUUCUUGGACACUGAGGUGACUGUGAUGACCAAGCUAUUACAGUUUAUAUUGACAGCUCUCCUCAGUCAUCUCUUUAAGGGUCAACGUGUAAAAAAUCAAGGCUGCUUGGCACAUGUGUUAAGUACUCUGUGGAGGGUUAAGAGUGACCCCAAAGUUUGUGGGUCAGUGCCAAAUUGCUGCUGAGGGACUUUUAUGGGUUUAAUAGAGGCAGCUGAGAUCUGUUUCCUGGUGGGUGUUUGCAGUUGUGAAGGUUAGGACGAAUUUUGUGUGUGUACUCAUUUGUUGACACUGUUAUCUAAUACUUAUUUAUUCCAAUAUAUUUUUCUACUGAGUGUUAAUUCUUUUUAGUUUUUGUUUAAAUAUAACAUUUUUUAUUGAAAUUUGUGAUACUCUUGUGUCCAAAGAUAAUUUUUAUACCCUAUAAUUUAAAAUUAAUCAGCUAAGUUAGCCAUCAGUGUUGGUUUUAUACUUUUUUUUAUUAUUAUUCAAGGUAGACUUUUGUCUGAAAUAUGUUAUUUUCAUAUGAUUUAUGAUGCCCUUGGUGGCAGGGGUUGUGAAGUUCAUUGAGUUUUUAUUGUGGACUAUAAAUUCUCAUGACAAUCAUCAGACAAAUUAAUUGAAGUUUGAAUGCUGAACAGCUGGUGUUUGUUCAGAUUCAUAUGUAAAGUUACCGAGUACUAAUUUGACUAAACCUGAGGCAGAAGAAGGAGCAAGUCUUUCAUAGGAGGUUAGUCUUGAACAUGAUAUUAAUGGUGGUGGGCCUGUGACUUCUGUGUCAGUUGGUUUGUUCAAUAAAGCUAGAAACAUGUGUUGCAGUGUGGUGGAUGUUUAGCACUUGGCAAAGAUGCAAUGUAUUGGAGUGUGAACAUAAUGUAAUACAUUAAUGGCCUUAACGAUUUAUUUCGAUGGAGGAAGCUUAUUCUCAAAAUGUUAGUUAAAUUUUUGUUCCACCUUUCCAGAUAUCCAUUGGAGUAGCUACUUAAUAAAUAUCUGGGUAAAAAUAUUUAUAAUACCCAGUUUUAUAGGUCAGCUGUAUUUUUAAGCAGUGGGGCUGCUUCCUAUUCAAUUCUAUUUUUUUUUCUCUCUCUCUCUAUGUGUGUGUGUGUGUGUGUGUGUGUGUGUGUAUUCAUGGUGGUGCAGGUGUUUUAUCAGACCUUUAUUUUCUCCGAGGGCCACUGUCCUUGAUGUAGGCUGUAUUGUAUUAGCAUUUAACAUGUCAUGUUCACCUCUUUGUAUUUACCAUCCCAAUCAGGACUCAUCGUAAGAAAAAAAUACCCUGUAAAAUUUACAUUAUGUAUGACAGUGAACUCUUGUAAAAAUAGAAUGAAAAUUUUGAUUAUAAACCUCACUGGAGUGUUCAGGGAUUAAGCAUGCUACCUUGAAAAUAAAGUUGAGACAGAUUUUAGAUUGAUAAAAAUUGUUGUGACAUAAAAUGGUUCAUAUUUAUAACUCAUCUCAGUUUUUCAGUUGUUAUUUCUUAUAUGAGUACUGGUUGAAAUGGGGCACACAAAGUGCUGGGCAUACACACUGACAACACUUACCUUCACUUGACUGGGUCACAGGAAGUCAUAGAUGUAAACUCUUUCUGUGGUGUGAUGUCACUUAGAAUUAGUUUGUGAUGAUGAAGUUCUUUUUGUGAAGCAAGAUAAAGUAGAAAUAUAAUGUGUUCAUUCAUGAUCAUGUAAUACAAAUUCAUGAACUUAUAAUACUGCAUGUUUAAGAUCAUAAUAUGUGAUAAUUCACACAAAUUUAUAAAUAGAAAAAAUAUAUUGGUACCAUUUUCAGCAAUCUUGUGUCACAGGUCGAGUGUGAACAUUCACUGGGCAUCGGAUGGUAGGAGACAGCCAUCCUUAAUAGAUAAGCUGCAUAGUGUCCCUUUGUGCUUCUGGUUUCUCAUUUGCAUUACAGAUGGCUUUUUGUUAGCUGUGUUGCUGAUUCUCGUUUAAAGAGAUUUUCCCCCAGCUUUUUGCUUCCUAACGUGCAAGGUUGAUAUAAAAGCUGGUCUCAUUUUCUGUCAGUGAUAUUUAAUCUGGUUACAUUUUUAUAAACUUAUUGCAUAAUGCCAUUUUCAUUCUAGUCAGUUUCAUGUAUUCAUAUGAUCUGUUUUGCUCACUGUAUCACUUAUUGUGUGCCAUAAUGUGUAUUCACUGUCUAGAAGAUAAGUAUUUAGCAUAUCGAUACUUAUGGCAGAAUUACAGCUUUCACUAUUCUGCUGAUGAUUAUUUUCAUUGUGUGAUGAUUAAGUGAAAACUGGAAUCUACAUCUCAAGUUACUGUACUGUGGUUGUUAAGUGGUGUAGCUACUUUAGGGUUAAUCUCUCACUAACAGUAUCAUUAUUUAUUAGUUAAGGUAUCUGUCUGCAUUAUCAACAUCUAUUCGUGUGACACGGCAGUGAACUGGAUAAGACUAGGCUGUCAACGUUUUUUUUUGUUAUGUAAUUCAUUGACAUUAUUUAUUAAAGUAAAAGACGUGACAAUUAUAAUGGUA